GUGGCGGAGUCGGCGCUUAUUUAAAGUAGUUGAAAGAAGCGCGGAGUCGUCGACCAGUCCCGCUGUUGGCAGAAGUGGGCGUGAACGUGUGUUGAGCUGUCAGCGCAGAAGAGAGACAUGGCACCCCUCGUGCUCGGCUACUGGGACAUCCGAGGCCUCGGCCAGCCCAUCCGCUACUUGCUGGCCCACGCCGGAGUCCCCUACGAGGACAGGAGGUAUGGCUUUGGUGACGGCCCGGAACCCAACCGGGACGAGUGGUUGGCGGUGAAGUACAAGCUGGACCUGGACUUCCCCAACCUGCCGUACAUCAUCGAUGGUGACGUGCGGAUGACUCAGAGCCAGGCCAUCCUGCGCUACCUGGGACGCAAGCACGGCCUUGCACCGAAGGACGAAGAAACAGUGCGCAGGGUUGAAAUGCUCGAGCACCAGGCCUCUGACAUCUUUUGGGCUGCCGUGCGCGUCUGCUAUAGUCCCGACUACACUGAGGAGAAGCGAGUUCAAUUCCUGGUUGACAUUGCUGAGAAGCUGCGCCAGGUCGACAACUACCUGGCCAAGCACGGGCCAUUCGGCGCUGGGAAGAGCGUCACAUACGUGGAUUUCUUCCUCUACGAGGCUCUCCAGGUGAUUAAGACCAUGGGCCCAAGCACCUUCCGCAAGGGCUUCCCUGCCCUCGAGGAGUACUGCCAGCGCGUCGCUGCCCUGCCAGGACUCAAGGAGUACCUGGCCUCUGACCGCUUCAAGUCCUGGCCCUUCUGGAGCCCCUUCGCCAAGGCUCUUGCGGCGCAGAACAAGCCUCCCGCUGACGACUGCUGAGCGAUUGAGUCGCGCGACCGGAGAUUUUUUUUUCUUGCUGUGGACUGUCUUGCUUGACCAAUGAUGCUUUACCUGUUGCGUUUACAGCUUAAAAUAAAACAACUUUGCUUUUCUCAA